AUUUUUUUUCUUAUAUAUAAUUUUAGUUGUUGUUUUGAUACAGACACUAGGUUGGAGUAACCUAUUAAAUUGGAAUAUUCCAAGAUGUCUGCGCCCAUGAUUUGUGUUCCAGGGCAACGUUUAUGCAGAGAAGAAGACAAACUGAAAGCAGGCAGAGGUACAUACACAAGGAACAGCUUUAUUUACUCAUCACUUGCUGGUCCAUUGACAACUACAAAAAAUGAUAACGGUGUUACCUUGGUUGAAGUUAUCAGGAAUGCAGAAGAAAAUGUUGUACCAACCGUGGAUGCACUUGUCUCGGCUAGGGUGACCAAUGUGAACCCCAGGUUCUGCAAGUGUGCCAUUAUUAAAGUCGGAAGAACAGCCUUAAAAGAUUCUUUUAGAGGGAUGAUACGGAAGGAAGAUGUCAGGGCCACAGAAAAAGAUAAGGUUGAGAUGUAUAAAUGUUUUCGGCCAGGUGAUAUUGUGAUUGCUAGAGUGAUCUCCCUUGGUGACUCUCAGUCUUAUCUUCUUACCACAGCAGAAAAUGAACUUGGAGUUGUCAUAGCAACCAGUGAAGCAGGAGCAAGCCUUGUACCAGUCAGCUGGAACAAGAUGAGAUGCCCUAAAACACUCACUGAGGAAUACAGAAAAGUUGCCAAAGUUCAACCACAGUAUAUUGAAUAUUCUGGAACGUGAUCGUUUUAUGUAUUUUGUUUUUCAUUUGUAUAUAAAAUUCCAUCAGUACCA